CUGACAGUGAUUUGUGCGGUGGCCAGAGGCCAGCCCUGCCCCGAAACGCGAGCCCCGAAUGAAUAAAUCAUGGCCCUCUCUUGGCAACUCUGCAGCUCGGUCCGUCCCUGCCGGGGCCGGGACCUGCCCGGGGCUGCCCGUGGGGAGGGACUGCCCUGUCCAGGGCUUUAAGGGCAGGGUGCGCCCGCGGCGGGCACAGCGGGGCCAUGGAGGGGAACACGCACCUCCUGCAGCUCAUCCGCAAGAUGCGCUCCCAAAUCCACAGGCUGGAGAGGGAAAACAGGGCCCUGAGGGGAGAGCUGCAGGGCUGCGGGCAGGGAGCUGUGCCGGCGCCGGGAGAUGCGGACGGCGCUGCCUUCGACGGGGAGGGACCGGCCGCGACCCCGGCAUCCCCAGCGCCCAGGGAGCAGACAGAUCCUGCCAUGACCGUGAGGCGCUACCCCGCCGUCCCCGCAGCUCCUGCCCGUUCCAGCCCAAGGCCCGGCUGGGCUGGCAGGGAUCCUGGCAGGGAUCCUGGCAGGGAUCCUGGCAGGGAUCCUGGCAGGGAUCCUGGCAGGGAUCCUGGCAGCAGUGGGCUCCCAGCGGUGCCAGGCAGUGCCCAGCCAGCCGCCCCUGCUGCUGCAGCACAGCUCAGCAGGGAAGGGGAGAGAGGGCCCGAGAAAGCAGCAGCCAGUUGUGUCUCCUACAGCCGCUCCUGCGACAUGAAGCUGUUCCAGGAGCAUGUCUACAAGUGCCGGGGUAAAGUGAAGGCUGUGAGUUUCCUCUUACCAGUGGAUAUAUCACCAUUUGCUGAAAAGCAAGGUUCUCUCAAAAGCCCACAAAAUCAGAGCACAAAACAUCUAAUGACCAUCACUGAAAAGGAUAUGUGAGCUGGUGAAUUUUUAAAGGCCCAUUGAUUCCCGAGAUAAAUUGGCCUCAAAUGAUAGCCGUGUGUCAGGUUCCUCUCCUGCAAAACGUUUUGGCAGGAUGCCCACAGAGCAUCACCCAGCCGUGUUUCGGGUCACUGGCCUGGUGUUCAGCAUGGAAAUGGAAGCCACAACAAAGCCCAGACACUGUGAUGAAACCACACAAAGCAAAGGUGCCUCCACAAAGUGCUUCUGUGCAAGGUGUCUCCAGGACCCCUCACCUCGGGACUGAGGGGAACGGGGUGUUGAAGCUGGGUUUGGUGUGUUUGUCACAAAAAGCUGAAACCAUGAUUCCUUUGACAGAAAUGUGUCUGAUGCAUAGGACAAAAUAAGAACAGUCAAAGAGCCUGUGAGCUUUUCUCUGUAGGUAAAACUUUCAAGCUUCACUGAUACAGCAAAGUUAAGGAGAUGUUACAGAGUCAGUUAAGGUUGCCCUGCAUUUCUGCAAAACUUGGCAAUGAGUUUAUGUCCAUUUGAGGUUCACUUCUAACAGAGCACAGGGCAGAGUAAGUACUUAUGGGUAUGAAAAUGUGACUGCAGAUCUGCCUCUCACUUGGUGUGCUCAUCCAGCUGGAGACUAAAGGCUGGACACCAAGUCAAAAUAGGAACAAUUGUGAAUAUCAGAAGUUUUUAGGAAUGGCUUCUCAGCACAGCUUGGAGCAAAAAUCAUUAGCAGAAAUUCAGCAAGCAACUGCAACAUAAUUGUGAGCUAGAACUACAGCUUGUGAAAAAUGAACAGUGCUUGUUAGUCUAAUCAUAUAAGUGAAGAUAACAUUCCAUGUGUUUAUUUUGAUUACAGCUAUUUAUGGAAUCAAAAUACUGCACACUAUUUCUUUCUGUACAGGAAGCACUGAUGAUUGAAUGUUGUAUAGAGAAUACAUGAAUAGUAGAUGUUUGUACAGAUAAAUUUAAGGAAGAUUUUCACCUCAUUGUCUACUCUUAAAGUCUUGAGUUUUCUAAGGUGGAAGCAGAGACUUAGUAGAAAAAAAUUCUCUGUAUCUUCCAUGAAGUUAUAUACUUCUAUAAAAUUGUGUGUUCCUUUUUUCAUUUUAAAUUUCACCAGUUUUCUAUAUUCAAGUAUAGUUU